GUCGUAAAGGUGUUCAGAUAUUUGUACUUAAAUGUCAUAAUGUCUUGCAGGCAAUAUCGAGGUGACAUACGGAUCAAAGAUCAUCCGGCCUUUUCAUUUCAUUAGUGAAUUGCACAAGAACAUACGUCUAAUGUACCAGUUUUUGAGUGUGACCUAUCGUAAUAAAUGGAAUGACAUUAUAACUUCCGUUGUCUAGGCCGUGUCAAGAGACGCGCUUCUAACGCAAUUAUUAGACUAGAAGAGUUGUCAUGCGACCACGUUAAGGGAAAAUAUCUAGUCGUCGAACCACAUUGAGACAAUUAGUAUUGGAAUGAAGACUGGUACCUGUGCACAAUCCUAUAUUGAUUCCAGUAGAACCAGGAUUAAAUGUUAACCUUCAACCACAAAACAUGAUACUUCUUGACAUGUAUUAAUUGGUGUAAAGAACAAUAUUUCCAAAACAAUAGAAGUCCAAGAGAUGUUAACAAAAGUCGAUGGAUAUAGCUAUCUGCUAACGCUGUGGUAGUAAUAACAUUAUGAAACAACUAUGGUUCAGUUUAUUUAUAUACUUUACCUGUAUCUGUGGAGGUACUUUAACACGAACAUGGUUUAGAGCCAUGAACAAAGACUCUAAAAAUUCUAAUUCUACAACCGAUGAACUAUCUAGUCCUUUUAAAGGAUUCGGAAGACAACUUGUCCAGGAAAUAGCCAAAGAAAAGAUCAAAGUGAAAAUGUGUGGUUACUUGAAGCAGUUGUGCAAAACAACUAUAGACAGAAAACCUCUCAUCACAACUGUCAACCCAAGGGAGACAACACCAAAUGCUGCAACAGAGCCAACAUCAUCUACUGCAUCUAACAUCAACAUAUCAUUAGUUUUCUCAGAACCAUCAGAAUACAGCAAUGAUACCAACUGUAUGAAGUUCAAACUGCCAGAAGAAUCCACCCCCGGGAAAUCUUUACCCGGGGCAGAUGUGUUCGUUUAUAUAACCAAUAGGAGGAAAAGACCAGACGGCAAGCGAGGUAGACGAAGACGUCGACGAAAGCGCCAAAGAAAAAUUACCAUUAAAGUUUCUUUAUUAAACGAACAAACCCGCCACAAAAAGUUCAUAUCUCGUUUACGCUUUCGUCCUAAUCCAGAUAAAAAAUGGAAUAAGUUAGUUUUGCCGUUUUCGGUAAUUAAGAAAGCUAAUCAAUUAAAGGAAAGAGUUUUAAAUCUUUGCAUUGAUUGCAAAAGAUGCAAUAGAAACACUCAAAUUAUUUUACCACUCAAGACAUCAAAGAAAAGACAUAAAUUUAUGAAAACAAAACACUUAGAUAAAUCAAGAAAACCAUUAAAACUUAGAAAGAAAAGGCCAUUUCUAAUGUUUCAUGAAAAAGACUCUAAACAUAGGCAAAGGCGAGAUACAAUAUCAUGUUCUAAAGAUAAUCCUGUUAAUCAAUGUUGUCGUUAUCAAGAAUAUAUACGUUUCUCCGAUAUAGGCUUAGGCGACCGGGUUGCAUAUCCAGAUGGUUUUUAUAAAACCGAGUGCAUUGGAUCCUGCUCACAUAAUUCCACUUAUAUAGAGACAAACUCUACACGUUCUAGAAAGUGUUACCCAAGUAAAUUUAAACCCUUACAGACGUAUUUAGUAUUCGACAGUAGUGUUACCUUUUUAGACAUUCCAAAAGGACAUAUUGAAGAAUGUACCUGCCACUGAAAAAGAAGAUGAUAUUUUCGGCGUAGAUCUCUUCAUUAGAGUAUUGGUUUGAUGUUGCACGUUUGAUCUCCAGACAGUACUGAUACUCUACAACUGCUUCACAGGAACAAGUAAUCGAGCAUUCGAGCUGAUACAGCUUACAGAAAUAUACGAUCUAUGCGGUUAUUGUGUUUCAUAGAGCAAGAUUUGCUUUGUAGCGAUAUACGUUUAUGUUCUAAGAUGAUACAUCAUACUUUCGUCAGUCUUUGCUUUAUAUAAUUAUGAAUAUGGCUUAAAAAAAACUAUUCAUAUCAAUAAGCAGUUUAUGCCAUCUCGAGAUGUAACAGAGAAAUUACAUUUGUGUAUUAUUAUGGAAGAAAGAACAACAUUCCAAAUAAAUAAACAGCAUCGACUGAUGAAGAAAGUUGCGCAAAGUUUUGCUUAGAGUUGUCGUACUUUACAGGCGACUUUACGCUUAGUAAAAGACGAGUCAUUUAUUUUUUGUUUUGUAAAUUGCAGUAUUAUUGUAUAUGUACAUGUGAAUAUUUUGUUUAAAAAUCAUAGAACCGGUGAAUGUAUUACUGUGCCUGUUUUUGUAUCUUGAACGUUUUGAAAGUGUAAACUGCUUUAUUUACAUACAUUGUAUUACAUGAUUAUUAUGCGGAAUCUCAUAUAUUCCAUAACGUUAAUGUAUCCUUCUCACAAGCAGCUCCCAUCAAAGCAGAAAACAAAUCCAGCUUUUGCUUUUUACAUGAGUUAUUUCCCUUGAGAGGACAAUCCGUUCCUUGUAUUUACUGUAGGAACUUAUAUAAAAGGUGUUGCAUGGAUGUUGUUAUGCUAUAACAGUCAUAUACAAAUCACGAAACAAAAUUUCAUAUAUCCAGUUUAUACUGGUUGAUAAAGUUUAGAAACCAAUUUUUCUUUUUAUUGUAUGUAAUUAUGUACUAAAUGAAUGGUAAACAUUUUAUCCUUUUUCAUUUGCAGUCUGGUAAUUAUAUUUUUAAAGGCAAAUUUAUUUUGUAAUGACUUUUAUUGCCAACGGAAGUGAGAGAAAAUGCAACGUCAUUGAAACAUGUGUAUAUGCAUGAUUUAGUACUAAAGUUGUCAACUUGUUAUGUUUAAUUAAUUAAACUAUAUAAUUAG